ACUGAUCGCGUCAAGUUGCUGAAAUAUUUCUAAGCGUUUACCCAAGUGGGAGUACAAAUUUCAUCAGGCUUUUUACGUUUUUCCCCGAUAAUAGUUAUUAUCUAUUAAACCGGUUCCCCUUGCGUGCUAUUUUAAAUUGAAGAUUAGAUUGCACACUUGCUUAGUACAUUCAAUCCAUUACUUUGUGUCAAAUCGUCAUUGUUUCGACUACCUUAAUGUUUGAUAAGAUAUCGGGAAAAGCUCUCGUGAAGAAUAUAAACCAUGUUCUUGGCAGCGAAAUUAUCAGUCUUUCUUACAACUUUGACGAGAAAGUGUUUAGCGAACGCUCGCCAUGCUGUUCGCACUGCUCCUACUGGGCGUGGUCUUGGCCUUGGCCUUCAGUUUCUACCUUAAUACGUACACCUAUUGGUCCCGCCGGGGUGUCCCUCGUGAGAACCCAUUACCAGUUGUCGGCAACAUGAGAGGCAUCGGCACGAAAUACCACUUCAGGGACGUCAACAAGAGGAUCUACGACCAGUUCAAGGGCAAGGCUUCCUUUGCCGGAAUGCAUGUCUUCUUCAAGAACACAGCCAUGAUUUUGGAUCUGGAUCUGAUUAAGCAAGUCCUGAUUAAGGACUUUCAGUACUUCCAGGAUCGUGGAGUCUUCAAUAACCCAAAAGAUGAUCCCUUGACGGGCCAUCUCUUUUCUUUGGAAGGCGAAGAGUGGAAGUCGAUGCGAAAGAUGUUGUCGCCGGUUUUCACAUCCGGAAAAAUAAAGCAAAUGUCCGAAAUAAUUGUGAAAGUAGGCCAUACCCUUGUGGAGGCUAUGGAUAAGGAGCUGAAAACCGCUUCCCUGGAUGAUGGUGAAGUGGAAAUCAAGGAUCUUUGUGCUCGCUACACCACCGAUGUCAUUGGAUCUUGUGCCUUUGGUUUGGAGUGCUUCAGCCUUAUUGACCCGAAUUCUGAGUUCAGAAACAAGGGAAGAAUGAUCUUCGAGAAGCCGAGACAUCAUCAGCUGGUUCAAGCCUUCAUUUUUACCAAUGCCAAGUUGGCCAGGAAGCUGGGCAUGAAAGUUUUGCCCGACGAAGUGACAGAGUUCUUUAUGGCAACCGUCAAAAAUACCGUCGAUUAUCGGCUGAAAACUAACGUUAAAAGAAACGACUUUGUAGACCAGUUAAUUGAACUUCGAGCUAAGGAUCAAGAGGCGGCCAAGAAAGGCAAGGGAAUUGAUCUGUCUUAUGGCUUGACCCUCGAACAGAUGGCUGCUCAAGCUUUUGUGUUCUUUAUAGCCGGAUUCGAGACCUCCUCGAGUACAAUGUCCUUCUGUCUUUAUGAAUUGGCAUUGCAGCAGGACAUUCAGGAUAGAGUAAGAGAAGAGAUCAACCGUGUGCUCAGCAAAGGGGAUGGUGAGAUUAGUUACGAUGCCUUGGCCGAAAUGACCUACCUGGAGCAAGUCAUUGCAGAAACACUUCGAAAACAUCCCAUACUCCCGCAUCUUGUGAGGGAAACAAAUCGCAACUAUAAGGUUCCUGACACAGAAUUUGUGAUUGAGAAAGGAAACAAUAUUCUCAUACCCGUUCACAAUAUCCAUCACGACCCGGAGGUAUACCCCCAGCCAGACAUAUUUGAUCCCAGUCGCUUUAAUCCGGAAGUGGCCAACAGUCGUCAUCCAAUGGCCUACUUGCCCUUCGGAGAUGGGCCACGUAAUUGCAUUGGACUGCGUUUUGGCAAGAUUCAGUCCAAAAUUGGCUUAGCUGCCCUGUUGCAUAGUUUUAAGUUUAGUCCCUCGAAGCAAACAGAAAUUCCUUUGGUUCUCUCUAAUAAGACCUUUACUUUGUCCACCAAAAACGGUAUUCACUUGAAAGUGGAGAGAAUUUAAAUUUAAGAACUUCAUUGCGAAAUGUAUAAUUUAAUUUUAUUUGUAAAUUUAUCUUCAAUCUGUUUGGAAGUUUUUAAUUAAUUAGGCUAAAAUAUGUUGUGAAAUAAUCUGAUGCGCAAACUUUUUGGCACACAGUCCAAAUAAUGUGUUGGCUUAAAUGCCAAUAUAAUUUUGGCUUAACUGAUCUAAA